AAAACCCCCUUAUUCCCAUUUUCUCUCAAACCCUAGCCUCGACUGUCUUCACGUUUCUCCGCCGCAGCUCAGCAUCCUCACAUCUUCUUCACCAGAUUCCAUCCGCUCCAGAUCAAACGAUGUCGAUAGGAGAAACUGCUUGCGCAUACGCUGUUAUGGCUCUUCAUGAUGAUGGAAUUCCCGUUACUGCAGAGAAGAUUCUACAACUGGUCAAGGCAGCCAAUGUGAAAGUGGAAUCUUACUGGCCUGGCUUGUUUGUAAAGCUAGCAGAGAAGAGUAACAUUAAUGAUCUGAUCAUGAAUGUUGGCUCCGGUGGUGGCGGUGGUGCUGCAGUAGCUGCUGCCCCUGCUGGUGGCGCUGCUGCUCCCGCUGCUGCAGCUCCAGUUGAAGAGAAGAAGGAAGAACCUAAGGAAGAAAGUGACGACGACAUGGGAUUCAGCUUGUUUGAUUAGGCGGCCUUUUUUUAGUUGAGUAGUAGUUUAUUUUUGGAUCUUUUUACAGUUAUGCAGUAAAAAUACUUAUUUAUGUGGAUGUAGAUUUGAAGGGGCAUAAUUUGCUUAUUCUGCAAGAUAUAUGUUAGUUUUUGAGAUGAAUAUUGGUUCUUUUGUUAUUGAGUUAUGAGAUGUUGAGUUUUACUUAUGUAAUGUGAUUUUGAUUUAGCCACCUUUUGCCA